CAUUGUUAGUCAGUCUGCAACGAGCCCUUUCUGGCGUAACAACUCUUGUAGAGUGGUGAGGAAACUAAGCGAUUGAAUCGAACUCUUGGUGAAACUUUUACCAUCGCAGGAACUUGUCUACGCUUGUUGUCGGCGUUUGAACUUUGAUAAUAUUCUUGAAGUGUGAGUGAAAACAAGAGCCACCACCACGGCAUCUUAUCAAGACUUUGGGUGUGAGUGGGGUGACUCAAAUAUCGGCGAGCUGGACGACACGAGAUACGGAGCGGGCGUCUCGCCAUGCCCACAGAGCAAUAUGGAAUCUCCACAGUUGUACGAAAGUGCCGAUUACAAGAAGGGAGCUAACAUUGGCCCUGUCAAAGUCAAAAACAAUCUUCUUUACGCGGGAGACGACUACAGUGACCUGGCAGAGUUGAGUGCCCCGGAAAUAUCUCUCGAUCUCCACGGACUAAUAGACGACUCCCACUUCAACGACGGACUCAUUCAGGAUAUCCAGGGACUGUCAGUUGAUAAGAACAAUUCCCUAGUUCCCCGAGGCCUUGGCGCAAAUAAUAUGUACAAUCCACUCGCCUACAUACCCCAACCUGUUCACGGAGCUUCACAGUUCGACCGGCACUUUGGCGAACGCCCACAUCACAACUCCCGUCCCAACAUCAAAGAGGAACCCCAAGAGUCCUCUCACGAAGUCGCCCCUCAAGAAUACAACUCCUGCGCCCGUGUAGGGGGAGGUAUGGCAGGGUAUGGGGCGGCAGCCGCCGCUGCCUCUUACGGAGGCGUCCCUGCCUAUGCCAAUAUGACACCUACGACAGUGCCAGGUGCUGAUGGCCACUGCAAGUCUCCACUGAGGUCCCCGAGUUCUUUGGGGAAAAUUAUGCCCGGUUGUAAGAAAAACGUAGAUAAAAACAGCGACGAAUACAAGAGACGACGCGAAAGAAAUAAUAUCGCCGUCAGGAAGAGCCGGGAGAAGGCAAAGGCCAGGACUCGCGAAACAGAGGAAAGAGUCAAGAAACUCAUCAUGGACAACGACAGGUUGCACAAGAAGUGCGAGUUGCUGAGCAAAGAAGUCGCGGUUUUCCAUUCCAUGUUCGCCAACGUCCACUGUCUACCUGAACACGUUCAACGCGAGCUCCGCAAACAGAUGGACGCCUUCAGCCAGCAGCAUCAGCACCUCGUGAACAUGUGAUGCCGUCAGCAUCCGCCGUUGCAGCAGCAGCAGCAGCAGCACCAACACCAGCACCACCACAUCCAAAUCCACGACCUCCCAGCCCACAGCGCCUCCGCCACCGCCGCCAGUUCUCCUGAAGUCCCUCAGCCCAGCUCUCCACAGUACACAUGUCUCUGAUUCGGCCGCCACCUCUUCGACCGCAGCGCUGGCGCAAGCGGCUGAGGUGUGGCCGCGGGUUUGGACGUCGUCGUCGUCGCAACCUGGGGCUUCAAUAUCUACCAGCCACUGCAGCUGCAAUGAGAGCGAGAGAAAGAAAGAAAGAAAGAAAGAGAAAGAGAGAGAGUGAAAGAGAGAAAAUCACCUAGAGAAAAAGAGUGAGAGAAAAGCUCGAGCGAGGAUGGAGGAUGGGGGGUGACAAACUAGUCACUGAUCACUGUCCGGGCGGGACACUCGAACCCCUCCUUCGCAGGUGGUUGACGUAUAACCCGCAUUUGACCAAAUCAUCAUCACCAUCUCCACCACCGUCGCCAUCACCGUCAUCCUUUUCAUGAUCGUGAUCAUUGUCAUCACCAGUUCAUCAUCGUCAUCAUCAUUAGCAUCAUUCAUUAUAUAUAAUAAUAAUAAUAAUCACCAGAAGAGCUACCUGUCAUUAUAAAGUGGCCCUUAUUAUCGUGUGGGGGCCACCCUUGUAAGCAUACCCAAGGGUGAGCCGCCUUAUUCCUUUUGCCUACAAUCAAUCUCUUGUCGUUGUAGACGAUCAUCAUCAUUAUUGCUAUUAUUGUCAUUAUAAUUGCAAUAAUAAGAUAUUAUUCAUUAUUAUUAUUAUUAUUAUUGUAUUAUAUUAUAUAUUCAGCAAGAGUAAGGAAGUGCGACAAGAGGCAGGGAAAGGUACAAGGGCUGAAGGCGGGGGACCUUCCCCCCCCACCCCUGUGAUAUGCGUUCGUACCUUCUUCGAUGCAGACAAAUUUUUGCACAAACGUCUGUCCGUGUUUAACCUGAGAUGUGUGGUUGAUGGGUGAUUAUUUAUGGAAGAGGAUAAAAAUGUAGAAAUAUAUAGAGAUACAGAUUAUUAUAUAUAAUAUACUUCUAUUUAGAUAUUUUAAUGAAAAAGAAAAUCAAACUUUGUAUUUUAUGUUGACCUGUAAAUUAAUAAAAAAAACGUGAAAGGAAUAUUAUAUCAAUUAUAACCCAAUCAUUAUUUUUCAAAGUUUGUCCUCGAUGAAAUUAUAACAUGUAGACAGGUCUAUGAUAUUCCCUAAAUAUAGGGACUGUUUCAUAUUGUAUGUGUUGUAUUUAUCCAUUCAUAUAUAUUAUAUAUAUAUAUAUAGAUAUAUAUAUAUAUAUAUACAUAUACGAACACAUACUUCUAAGAUAGUGAACACAUGUAUACAGAUAAUUAUUGACUGAUAAUGAUACAACAGACCAGUAAGAGUGUUAUCAUACUAAGCUUUUGUAAGCUCUUGAAAGUAGACAAUUUGGUUGCCAGUAUGAGUAAUAAUUUUUAACGUAAGUGCAAUUAAUGAGGAAUACAAUUGCUCAGUGCUUUAGCGUAAAGUGUCGAAAAAGAGAAGGAAGGAGGGAGAGAGAUAGAGAAGGAAUGAAGGACGGGCAGUGCCACAGGGCCAGCCGUCCAGAGACAACAGUACUUAUCACUUGGUCGAACUAUGAGAGUAGUGCACACAAUGUGAUAAUAUGAACGAGUGAUCUGAAGAGAAGAAAAUUAUAAUGUUUGGUCGCUCCAGAAUCUAGGAUUCUGAAUUGUCUCCAGACUUUUGUUGUAAGAUGGAUUUGCUCAGAGGUGUUGUACGUAACGGCCUUUCACAGAUACACUUUAGAGAAGAGAAGAAUAUUUUUGUAAAUGUCAGUCGAAUCUAACCAGAAUUUUUGGAAGAUGAUUUGGGGAGAUUUCCAAAGAUGCCACUUUUGGUUCUUGUCGAAUUCAUCAAACGUGUCAUUCUCUUUCGAAGUUUAAAAAACGUUCAUUUCAUACUAAACUGGCAAGACCUCCACUAAAAUUUAUUUUAAUUAUUAUUACUACUAUAUUAUUAUCAUUAUCAUUAUUAUUAUCAUUGUCAACGUCACAUGAAAAUUUAAUGUGCUGUAUGUUUUGUCAAAUCACUGUUCACUGUCGGUCUGUAUAGUUGUAUUAUGGUAAUGUCAAGCUUUCAAUACUUAACAAAAAUCCUUAUGUGUACGUCCGUGUCGUCUUCAUCACUAUUUUAUGGGAAGUGUUCCACUUGUUGGUCGUUGCAUGUCUGCGUGACAUCAAGAUAUAUGUGUAUAUUUAUAUAUAUAUUUUGUAUGUUGUUGCAUUGAAGCUGUAGCCUGGGUUUCCCCUUUCUUUAGUGAAGGCUGGUCACCUCGUUCCAUAUGGCGGCCGAAAGCACCAAUAUUCUAUUAUUAUAAUAAUAACAAUAAUAACAUAGGGUACCUGAUACCUUCCCUCUCACCUGGGGUCCCCUCCGGGAGUCAUUCAAGCAUUUCGCCUGCAUUCAUGUGCCCUCUUCUCUCUCUCUCUCUCUCUCUCUCUCUCUCUCUCUCUCUCUCUCUCUCCCCAUUCAUGUACAAACACGUACUCUUCUGAACAUAGUUUUAUGACAUGCUUCCAUACGUUCUCUCUCUCCCUCUCUCUCUCCAUGUAUAAAUAUAUAGAUAUUUAUAUUUUUGUAUGUAUAUAUUUAUAUGUAUCCAUCUGCCUGUCUGUCUGUCUAACACGCAUAUGGCACAACAAAGAAAAGCUCAAUUAAUAGAAUGUUCUGAUCCAUCAUACACAUUGACAAUAUUGCCCAUUCCAUAUCAGUGUAAGUAUAUCAUUAUCAAGAUGUAAAUAGAUAGAGGAUGUAUGUUUUGUGUAACUGUAUUAUAGUUGACAGAACUUUGGUAUCGGGUGAAUGCUGAGGAUGUAGAAGAGUAAAGUGAUUACUAGAGGCUAUAUAUACAAAUAUAUAUUAUAUACCGUCUCCGUCCUGUCCCCUUGAAUGUCAUCAUCCCCAGUGAAAAGGACAAUAUUUCUACCGAAGUUCAUUUUUUACAAAAAUGUUUCCCCUUCAUCUUGCCGAAAUUCUAGUUUCUCCUGCUCUCUCUCUCUCUCUCUCUCUCUCUCUCUCUCUCUCUCUCUCUCUCUCUCUCUCUCUCUCUCUUUUCUGUAGCUGAUGAGCUCAUGCAAAUGUUAUUGUCACUUCAUUGAGGAAGCUCACUGUAUACAAGGCGUCCUCCUAGAAUUUCUCAGAGUAACUUUCGUCUGUCUGUCAAUUUGCAUUUUCUUCGGCCUCUCCAGCUGCGUUGUCCUGAACACGACAAACUCGCAUCCAUAUCGAACUCGUACAGGGUAGAAUUGUUCUUGGAUAUUAGUCCUAAGGUAAACUUUCAUGUCAUUUCAUGUGCGGAGCGUUGUUAAGAGUAUUUUUUUUCUGAGGUUUAAUUCCGAGAAUAGACCAGUAGCAAAGAAUGUCUUAAACGUGUAUAUUGGACUGGACUGUAACUUUUGUGCUCAAUUGUUCUUGGGAAGACGUUGUCCUGGACUGUCUGCCAGCGUUGCACAAAAGAACCUUCAUCACACCUUGUAUGUUCUGACUUCAACUCAAGUGGAGAUGUCAUUCUGUAUUAUUGUGACCGAACUUUGUAGGCAUACGAUUGUAAAUGCAGGUUUGAGCAAUGAAGCUUCUAUUGGUCAGAGGCUCUUUCAUUGUAACAAUUGUCGAGCCUUUUCUUCCACGAGAGAGAAAAAGAGAAAGAUUGGGUGAGUGAGAGGAGAGCAGUUAUUGAGUUUGUUCUUGACGCUCCUUUGCUAACUCUGCUGGAGUUUCACUGGUCGAUGAAACGGCUGAGAAAGUGAUAAAUAAUUAUGUCCACAAUGUUAAGAAAGCAUUUGUUGUAUUCCUAUUAGAAUGUAAAUGGUAAAUGGUGGAGUUGAAUUUCUUAUGUAUUGAUGUUGAUAUGAAAGUUAAGUUCCCUUUGUUAUGUAGAGAAAGAAAUCACUGUAUUGACUAUAGAGAACAAUCUGGAUGAGAAUCAGAUGAGUCAUUAAACUCUAUUUUGAUAAA